AUGUUCGAUUUUCUGAAUCCAUCCGUCAAAUACGCACUCAUCGUCAUCAUUAUUUGCGCCAUCGCUAUCUGCUCUUGCGUGAUCAUCGAAAGAAUCAUCAAGCACUUCUUCCCGAUCAGCGACGAGGAGCUCCAGAGAAUCAUGGCUGAAAAUCGGCGACGACUUCUGCCGGCUGCACUAGCUGCUCUAGCUUCUCCAGCUGCUCCAGCUACUCCAGCUCCUACAGCUCGUCAAGCUCCAAUUGUUCCUCAAGUCAUCAUUACGAUCCAUCCUGCUGAGAGUGAUGACGAGAUAAGUCUUCAAGAAACUCCGAUAUUGAGAUCAAAUUAUUAUGUGGAGCAAGUUACUUCAUUGUAA